AUGGCGCAACAACGAUUCUUUAACUUGGAAAAACGGUUAUCUAAAUACAGGGAACUAUGCAUAGCCUAUCACAAGUUUAUGUCAGAGUACUUAAACAUGAAUCACAUGGAACUGGUAACUAAUGAUGAUUCAAAUAGUCAAACAUAUUAUUUGCCUCACCAUGCUGUCAUCAAGAGAGACAGCAUCACCACAAAAUUAAGAGUUGUGUUCGAUGGAUCAGCUCCAACAAUUUCUGGGCUAUCCCUUAAUGAUGUCAUGUUAAAAGAACCUAUGGUUAAACUGUUACGAUUUAGAGUACAUAAGAUAGCAUUAACUGCAGACGUUGAGAAGAUGUACCGUCAAAUACUAGUAACUCCAAAAGACUGUCAAUUACAACGAAUUUGGUAUCGUCCAAGUCCCUCUGGACUGUUAAGGGAAUAUAACCUUCGCACAAUCACGUACAUUACAAAAUCAGCUUCCUAUUUAGCGACCCGUAUCCUGGUGGAGAUAGCUUUUUCAGCUAUUAAAGAUGAUUUCUAUGUAAACGAUUUACUUACUUGUGCUGAAUCUUCAGACGAAUGUUUCCAGCUAUACAAAGAUGUUUCAGACACAAGUCACAAAAAAGGAAGUCCCAGAAAGUUCUUGCAAACAUUGCAGCCGUCUGGCGGCGACAAAGAAAACUUGGUUGGGACCUGCAGAUUUCAUGAACACAAUUCUGAUCCUAAAAUGAAAAAAAUGAAAAAAAAUGGUCCUAAUGAAAAAUACUGGGAGGUUAUUGCAGAUCGUCGUAGAAAGGUUUUGGAAGAAGUUCUUGAACAAAAUCGUAAAUUACAUACUAUAGUCAUGGCAUUGGAAGAAGAAAAUACAUGUUGUAAAAAAUUACUCAAACAAAUAACUGAUCUCGUUAACACAUUAAAGGAAGUACUAAAUGAAGAAGAUGAUAAAUCAACUGAAUUUAAUGUCGAUAAUUACAUUUCGUCAAUCAACUCCAAUCAAAUAAACAGCAACGAUGAUUUUUCUGGCAGUGAAUCUGAAUAA